UCACCAGCCACUUCCACCAGCUACAUAAACGUUCUUUCGGUGGCUACCAUCAUGGCAAUGCUUUCUCCUCCGAACAAUCUGUCCUUCCCGCACCGACCAGUAAAGAACUCUCCAGCCGCCUUUGGGUUUGGUUUUGGCUUAGGUUCAAUGUCUACGCCGGCGGUGAAUUGGCAAACCCAGCCUCUCCUUCAGCCUCAGGGUUCUGGCUUCAAUUCAUUUGCUUCUAUUUCACAUAAUUCUCCCAGUCGUUCUGCUCAAAAACGACGUUUCGAUCCCGAUGACGGUUUAGAAAACCUUAGAAAUUCUCAAGACGAACGCAUGGACAGAAGUCCCACUCCCGAACGUCCGAAAAGGGCUGCUCCAAAGAGAGCUAGAACAUCCCCUUCGGCAGAUUCGACCAGUCAAUCUGACAAGAUUUCCAAAGAUUCCAACAAGUCUAGAAAUGAUGCUGCUAAUGAGGACGUGGAUGUGGGCAUGCUGCUUGCGAGCCUGCCAUCGCAAUCGCUACUCCCUAUUUUAACAUCGCUCCUUCAUCAACAACCCUCACUUAAGCCCCUAGUGCUCUCCUUAAUUCCACGACCAACGUUGGAGUCUGCCAUCCAGGCAUUGGAAGCCUCUGCAAAGAAAUUACGUGAUGCGUACCCAUACUCCAAUCAGACACCAUUCUCCCAGACCAGUUCUGUUGCGGGAUUCGGAUUCGGAUUCGGGGGUGGAUUCAACAAUGCGCAUACUCAACAGCCUGGCGGAAUGCGAGACUCGUACAUCCUAUCGCGACUGCGGCCCCAUAUCACUGAGUUCGUGAACGCAACGACAUCGUAUCUUCCCUAUUUCUCUUUAUCACCAACGCCGAGCGGCAGCUCGAUUCAGCAAUCCCAUUCUGCAUUUCACCGAGACAAAAACCUGCCUGCGGAAACGUUUAGGUUUCUCUAUACCCUAACAAAUCACAUCAUCACGCAACCGCCACUCACACAAUCAUCGUUAGUACCUCAUCUGCUGCAUAGAUUAUCGCACGAAUGGAUGGCAUGGGUGGAAAGAGUGGACGUGAUUGUGAAUCGGGAAGGUGGGAUGUUCGGUCGAGAAACAGUAGAGAUUUGGGAACGAGGAUUAGAGGAAUUGGCCACCGGUGCUGAUACCAAAAUUUGCGGUGAGGUUUUACGGAAUGUGAGAGAACGAUGGAUAACCAAGGUGGGGUGGUUGAGUGGUCGGACUGUUCAACACGCAAUGGAGUCUUAAUGAUGACCAUACAUACAUAUUGUCUGUCGAGCGUGCUUGCUUUUUUUCCCAUUGGAAUGAUUAAUGUUUCGAAUGA